AUGACAUCACCAUCACCUCCAUUACCAUUGGCAACGAGACAAUCUCUUCAUUCCAAACAAUUAAUGACCAAACUCGAAGAGCUUCAAGAACGUUUGAAGGCUUCGAGAGAAUUAAGGACGAAAUCGUUACCAGCAGCAGCAGCAGCAUCAUCACGGCACAUUCGAACGUCUUCGGCUUCCACCAUAUCCACUGCGGUUUCCUGUCCUUCACCGUUGUCCUUCUUCGAAUCAUCAUCAUCAAGAUCUGCAUUUUCUUCAUUAUCAUCACUGCCAUUGGAGAUUCAGCAGCAAGGACAGCAGCAACAACGACAACAACAACAACAGCCCAAGCCAUCAUCAGCACCACAGAACGAAAUGGUACUAAUAAAUGAUGAUGACGAUGAUGAUCUGAUUUCCUUGGGAUCCGCCAUUGAUCUACCAUUGGGCAAUAAUAAUGAUAAUAAUAAUAAUGUGGAGACUUCUGGUGGUGACAGCAAUUAUACAAGCAACGAGAACAAUGAUGAGACACCCCAACAAGAACGUAUUUCCAAACUCAAACAAGAAGCACUGGAUUAUCUUAAAAACAUUACCAUUGUGGAAGCCAGUGAUGAUGAGGCCAGUUUGAUCACCAACAAUACCGCAGACAAUAAUAAGGAACAUGAUGAUGAUGAUGCCAAUGGUGAUUUCACACGAAUGAUUGCUUCCGAUGAUAAUGAUAGCGAGGCUGAUCCCGAUGAAAUCAAUGAUCCGGAUGAGAUCAUGUCUUUGGUCGAGGAUGAGACGAAUGAUUCGACCAAUGAAAAAGGUCAUAGUAACGACAACAAAAACAAGGAAGCCGACAUCAACAACACCAUCAAGGAAACGGACAGCAAUGACAAUGUCACUACGACCAACAAGGAAGAUAGAAACAACAUUGUUCAAUCGCUACAAAGCCAAUGGGAAGAGUUGCCUGAGCUUUGUUCCAUUUUGACACCAUUUGGUGGUGGUGACGACGACAUGGCGACCAACAACAGCUCCAACAACAUUAAGCAAGACAAUUUGAAACUAAGUGCCAUUGAAGAAGGCAUGCCUCACAAAUCCGUUUCCUUUGCGGCGGACGAGUCGAAUACGGUUCAUUUCAUUGAACGACGAAAACUGAACCCUGUCCAGCGUCUCUACCGUACUACUAUCACGAUGAUGAAGCCAGCAACAUCAACAACAGCAUCUCACGACGACUACAACCAAGAAGAACAAGAUUUGUUAGCAUCGUUCAAGGAGGUCACGAGAAACUGUCUCUUGCUGACGCUUGCCAGUCUAUUUUUAGGUGGUGGGGCAGCCGCAAUCAUUAUUGCCAUUCGUGCUAUUCCGAAAUGA